AUGAAACACGCGCUGUUGAUCGCCUCCCUCCUCGCGGUAUUUAAUUCUGGCUAUACCCGCAAUAUUCGUCAGGUCGGCUCCCCAACCAUCUUCAACUUCAAGCUCCACGAGUCGAAUGACAAGGAAGUUAACGACUGUGUGGAGAAGGCGAUGGAGCAGAUCCAGCAGGAGACGUGUCUGUAUUGGGAGGAUGCCGAUGAGGAUAGCCAGAAUCAUGUGACGUUCCUGCAAUCUGGACACUGCUCCUGGCAAGCCUCCAACAAGACCGUCCACCUCAGCCCAAACUGCAUUACGGACGACACCUGCUACGAAAUCCUCGGCAAAGUCGCCGACAUCGAGCAGCCCAAGCGCCACAUUAGCCGCCACAUCAACAUCAAAUUCAACUGCACUGAAAAAUGCACGACCGAAUGUCAUCAUGGAGGUGUGCUGAACGACGACUGCACCUGCUCGUGCCAAUAUGGCUUCAAGGGACAAAACUGCGAGACGCUGAGCAAGAAGGCCCAGUUCACCGACAGCACCUGCGGAGAGAUUCGGGCUGAGCCGUCUGGAAACGUGAUGUUGAGCACCUACCCUUCGGCUUACUCCAAGACGACCUUCUGCCAGUGGUUGAUCAAGGCCGCCGAUCCGUGGGACGUCAUCGAAUUGAGCUUCGACGACUUCGACCUGGACACCACCGACAUGCCGCCCGGCCAGCACUGCAACGAUCGCUUCAGCGUCUUCGGAUCGUACUCCGCUGUUAAUCCCUUCCCUUGCGAUGGUGAGAAGCCGAAGCGACUUCGCUCCGACUCCAACUGGCUUUUGGUUGAGCUGAAGACCGACGCGUUCGCCGAGUCCAGCAAGAAGGGACCUGCUAUGCGUUACACUGUUAUUAAUACAAAAAGUGGGAUCAAGACACUGUCGGAAGAACAGACAUCUGGUGCCGGUCUUCUUUCCUUCUUCACCGCUUCUGCUGUGGCCGUUGCUCGUCUCCUG